AUGGAUGAGAUUAAUCGCAUUUUCGGAGCUAAGGCCCGUGUGCGGUCGGAGAGCAUGGCCAGCGAUGCCACUCAGUCCACAGGAAGCCGCAUGGUGUUGAGGCACAGGCUGCAGCAGCUCCUGACCUGCGUGGAAGACCUCAACCCCAAAGACGAGCUCAAAGUGGCCCAGACUCUGGACAAUGUCUUUUUGAUCACUUCUAUUCGAAUGCAGGGGCUUUUGUUGCUGUUUUUCUCUAAACUGGAGCACGUCCCGUUCAUCAGAGACAUCCGCACCACGUACACACGAACCGGCCUCUUUGGUUACUGGGGGAACAAAGGCGCCGUGUCCGUUCGCCUCUCGUUCUACGGCCACAUGUUGUGUUUCCUCAACUGUCAUUUGUCGGCUCACAUGAAAUACGCCUCCACCAGAGUCAACGAGUUCGAAUGCAUCCUGGACUCGCAGACUUUUGAAUGUCAGAAAGCCCCCAGUGUCCUUGACCACCGGUUAGUGUUUUGGUUUGGAGACCUCAACUUCCGCAUUCAGGACCACGGCAUGCACUUUGUCCGCUCCUGCAUCGAUUCACAAAAAUACAAUUUACUCUGGAGCAAUGAUCAGUUGACGAGGAUGAAGACGAAGGUAGAGUCGCUGCAGGAGUUUGAGGAGGGGCCUUUGGACUUUCAGCCCACGUACAAGUUUGACCUCCACUCUGACACUUACGACAGCAGGAGCUACAGGACAUGGUUUUUCUUUAAUGGUAAGAAGAGGAAGCCCGCCUGGACCGACCGGAUCCUGUGGCGGCUGCGUCCGAAUCCCACACCGCCGGAGGACCCUGACCCCGGACUGAAGAAGAACUCAGACGUCCUGAAGCAGAUUGUGGAGGUCACAGAGAAUCCUCUGAGGAUCACGCAGGAGCUUUACACCAGCCACAUGGAGUACAGCCUCAGCGACCACAAGCCAGUGGUGGGCUGCUUCAGGCUGGAGCUGCGUAAGAUGCUGGACUCUCCGCUGGUGUGUUUGCGAGCGGAGGGAGACUGGAGCGCAGACAUCGACUCCAUCGUCCUCUACAGCCCUCAGCAGCCCUUCCCCUCCAGCUCCUGGGACUGGAUCGGCCUCUACAAGGUGGGUUUCUCCAGUGUGUCAGACUACAUCACUUACACUUGGGUCAAAGACAACGAAGCUGCUUUCAACGAUGAACUCAUGCAGGUUUUCAUGAGCAAAGAGGAGAUCCCGGUCCGAGGAGGCGACUGCGUGCUGUGCUACUUCUGCAGUUCACUACAGAGCAUCAUAGGAAUCAGCGAAACAUUCAAGGUCCAUGCAUCCAAAGUGGCCCUGGAGGAGGGACUGAUGCCUGAAAAACUCAAUGGACUCGACCAAAUAGUUGCAGAUGAGUUUUGGAAAUGA